AACUGCAUCCUGGGCCUGGUGACAGACAGACAGGAUCAUGGGCUUUGUGAAUGAUGUGCUGCUGACGCUGGUACAGAACCUGCAGUACAUCUUAGCUUACAAGGCAGGAUCAUGUUGAACUCUUCUUUAGUUCUGUCAGGCAGUGUAAUGGUGGGUCAAACAGUCCUACUGCACUCCAGUUUAAGUCAGUGUUUCGGCAUCUCCUUGGCAGAACAGGUAUGUUGUUACCAGAAUCAGCAGGAGCCAAUGUGCAGUCCCUUGACCAAACAUCACUUCUGCGAGCGUCAAUGUCCACCUAUGUACCACAUUACGGAGUUAGGGGUGCUGAUGACCAGCCUAGCAGCAACCAGCAUGAUGUGAAUCACAGCUACUCAGUUACUUCAACUACAAAGAGUAUUGGCCUUCUCAUCAAAAAUGUAGCUGUGUACAUCUCAGGAUGGUUUGUGAAGAAGGCCAUAGCUAUGCUGACUUGUGAGGCAUGUAGACUGAGCCUAGUAGCCUGUGCUCCAUCCAUCCACUACAAAGAGGUGUUUCAGCUGCUCACUCUGAAGAACCUUGGCAAACUGAAGUUGCCAUCUGAUGGUGUUGUCCGAGUGUUGAUGUCGGCAGAGAGACAUCUACGUCAGCUCUCUGACAUUGACCGUGUGAACAGGAGCUGCAGCAAACUUCGUUUGCAGUACAGAGUGCUGGAAGAUGUGGGCACUGAUGCUCUUGACUUGGCAGAACAUGCUGCAGAGACAAUGUGUGGAGUUGACAAUCAUUACUAUGAAUUGGUUUGUCUCCUGGUGACCAUCUAUUACGAUGCCCAAUACCACCAUGUUGCUAGACUCCAUACUCAGCGACUACAGGGCAUGUGUGUUCGCCAGAAGUACACUAAACUGAUUCUCUUUAAAGGUCAAUAA